UGCGUCUCUAUCUGUAUUCAUGCAGUAAAAUGGCAGAAGCCAGAAUUUCAGUGGAUCAAAAUGAGUUCUUGUGUGCAGUGUGUCUGGAUCUCCUGAAGGAUCCAGUGGCCAUUCCCUGUGGACACAGUUACUGUAAGAUCUGUAUUACAGGCUGCUGGGAUCAGGAGGAUCAGAAGAAAGUCUACAGCUGUCCUCAGUGCAGACAGACCUUCAGUGCAAGACCUGCUUUAGCUAAAAAUACCAUGCUGGCUGAAGUGGUGGAGAAACUGAAGAAGACUAAACUUCCUGCUGACUGUGAUACUGGAACUGGAGAUGUGCAGUGUGACGUCUGUACUGGAAGAAAACACAAAGCCGUCAAGUCCUGUCUGAUGUGUCUGAACUCUUACUGUCAAAAUCACCUUGAACAACAUGAGAGUUUCUUUAAAGGAAAGGGACACAAUUUGACUGAAGCCACUGGAAGACUACAGGAGAUGUUCUGCCAGAAACAUGAGAAGCUCCUUGAGGUUUUCUGUUGCACUGAUCAGAAAUGUAUAUGUGUGCUGUGUACGAUGGAUGAACAUAAAAACCACAACACUGUAUCAGCUGCAGCACAGAGGACAGAGAAACAGAAGCAGCUGAAGGAGAUGCAGAGAAGGUUUCAGCAGAGCAUCCAGCAGAGAGAGAAAGAUCUCCAGCAGCUGAGAAAGACUGUGGAGUCUCAUAAGCGCUCUGCACAGACAGCAGUGGAGGACAGUGAGAGGAUCUUCACUGAGCUCAUCCGCUCCAUUGAGAGACGCCGCUCUGAGGUCACACAGAUGAUCAGAGAUCAGGAAAAGACUGCAGUGAGUCGAGCUGAAGAACGACUGGAGCGACUGGAGCAGGAGAUCAAUGAUCUGAGGAGGAGAGACGCUGAGCUGGAGCAGCUUUCACACACACAGGAUCACAUCCUGUUCCUGCAGAGUUUCCAGUCGUUCUCAGCACCUCCUGAAUCUAUAGACACAAUUGACAAUGCCUUAAAUUCUGUCUUCUCUUUUGAUGGCAUGAGAGAAUCUCUCUGUCAGCUGAAAGAAAAAAUUGAGGAUUUCUGCAAAGAGGCAUUUAAAAAUAUCUCUGACAAAGAUUCUUAUCACCUCACUCUGGAUCCAAACACAGUGAAUAAACAUCUCCGUCUCUCUAAGAAGAAAAGAGUGAUCACUGGUGCUCACAGUGUCCUGCUAAAUCCUGAUCAUCCAGAAAGAUUUAAUAGAUAUAUUCAGCAGGUGUUGUGUAGAGAGAGUGUGUGUGGACGCUGUUACUGGGAGAUUGAGUGGAGUGGGAUAUUUGGUGUAGAUAUAUCAGUGUCAUAUAAGAGCAUCAGCAGGAAGGGAGGCAAAGAGUGUUUGUUUGGACAUAAUGAUCAGUCCUGGAGUUUGUCCUGCUCUCCCUCAAGAUACUCAUUUUGGCAUAAUAACAUAGUGACUGAUCUGUCAGUAGUGUCCAGUUAUAAAAUAGGAGUGUAUGUGGAUCACAGUGCAGGAACUCUGUCCUUCUACAGCGUCUCUGACACAAUGAGCCUCAUCUACACAGUCCAGACCACAUUCACUCAGCCGCUCUAUCCUGGGUUCGGUGUUGGUAAUAAAUCAUCAGUAAAACUAUGUGACUUAUCAGAGUAG